UACGCAUGCGCAGACCUUCGGAACCGGAAGCAGUGGAGCCGGGCAUGGCGGCGGCGGCUGAGGGUGUCCCGGGGACCCGACGUGAUGAACCUGUUCGAGACGAUGCGGUCGUGGAGACAGCUGAGGAAGCCAAGGAGCCCGCAGAGGCUGACAUCAAUGAGCUCUGCCGAGACAUGUUCUCCAAAAUGGCCACGUACCUGACUGGGGAGUUGACAGCUACCAGUGAAGACUACAAGCUCCUGGAGAAUAUGAAUAAAUUAACCAGUUUGAAAUAUCUUGAGAUGAAAGAUAUUGCUAUAAACAUUAGUAGAAACCUAAAGGACUUAAACCAGAAGUAUGCUGGACUACAGCCUUACCUGGAUCAGAUCAAUGUGAUCGAGGAACAGGUAGCAGCUCUGGAGCAGGCGGCAUAUAGGUUGGAUGCAUAUUCCAAAAAACUGGAAGCCAAGUACAAGAAGCUGGAGAAACGAUGAUGAUCAACUUCUUAUGCAGCAGUCUUUUUUUUUUUUUUCUUUUAAAUGUGGAAGAAUGCUGGAUGAGACCUGAAUGCUGAGGCUAAUGAAUUGUUCAGUCUCCUCCAUAAGGAAGCCAGGCUGUCGGGUCCUGGGAACUCUCAGUGCUAGAACGAGCCGGAGGACUGCACCUUCCUGCCGAGCCUCCCUGGAGGCCCUCCCAGCUCUUGCCUUUGACACGAAUGCUCUGUCAUCCAUGCAGGACUGAGACACUCUCUAAGUCCAGGAUGAGCCUGGGCUUGCUAAUGGAAUCAGUGUUUUCUCUGGUUGUGGUUGAGUAAUAGCUUAAUCUUAAAUGGCUGAUUGUUGAGUUACUGUGUAAAUGGUUAUUUCUUUCUGUUAGUAAUGCUAACGUAUUGUUAACAAGAGUCUAUAUUAAAAAAAAAAAAGGAAA